GCUGAGCCUGCCUCGACCAAAAUGACAUCGUAUUGUAGGCCAGCAAUACUAUCUCCAAAAGUUCAGCAAGGAGAAAGUAAACAGAGCUUCCCUCAUUGCAUCAAACAGCCAUGCAGUUUCCCCAAGAUACCCCAAGGACGCCUCCUUAAGAGCCAGAGGAAGAUAACAAUGUCGUCCAAACGGCACUCCAUCGUCCCGCCGGUGUCGCAAUCCGGCCCCAAACCGCCCGUCCAAUUUUCGUCGUCGAUAACCAUUUCGGACUCGGCCCUGCUGACCGGCACAAACCUCAUAGCCAUCAGCAGCGAGAGUGUUAUCCACCCGCGAGCCAAGCUGGACUCGCUUGCCGGGCGGAUUAACAUUGGGCGACGGUGCGUGGUGCACGAGCGGAGCGUCGUUGGAGCGGUGGGAACUUCGGGCAGGAUUACAGAGGCGGCUGUCACCCUGGGCGAUUACGUUACCGUCGAGGUAGGCGCCUCUAUAGAGGCCGGCGAUACCGUCAUUGGAGAUGGAACUACAGUUGGAGUUGGGGCGAAAGUUGGGGCGGGUGCCGUGAUUGGGAAGCAUUGCACACUCACGCCACAUACAGAGAUAGCAGCCGGGGAGGUGGUGCCGGACUUUACCGUUGUCUACUCGAACGGAUUGAGGCGGCCUGACCGGAGAGGCAUUGCUGAAUUGAAGAACAAGGGCCAGAUACGGCAGAUUGAUGUUUUGAGGAGGAUGAUACCCAGUAACCCGGCGAAAUUCGAUUAAAACCCAUGGCAUCUUUUCCGUUCCGCCAGACAUACCUAUACUCCAGAAUACAUGUCUGUCUCCCAUUCCCAGCACCUGUAUACGACCUUUGUCCCACCAUGUGCCCUGCCAA